UUAUCUAAGUGAUAUCGGAAAAAGGUUUUUAAAGAUGAAGUUGGUGGUUCUCAUGUCGUUCUUGCUCUUGCUUAUAGCGUGUUCUUCAGGAUUUGAGGAAGAUGGAGUAAUUCACACCGACCAAUAUUCCGUAAACAAGGUUCAAGAGACUAUUCCGAGGAUGACGGAUUAUGAGGAACCAGGCCCAAAUCCAGGACAUGACCCAACGAAACCCGGUUACGGAAGGCGUCCGCCACCGCCGAAGAUUAACUGAAAGCCAUGCUAAGCAAAAAAUAAUGUGCAAUAUAAUUAUAUUGGAUAACAUGCAUAUUUUGGAUCAUUCCAUCUUUAUAAUUAUGAUAUGUACUGUCAAA